CGACAGCAGAAGAGGCCAGGAGACAACGGCAGAGUGCUGCGUGGGCCAGGCUCAGCAGCAAGCUUUGACGAACUCAUAGAUCAGCCUGUUUGUGCGCCGUUCGAGGCGGCCAAUUCAUUGCUCUCGGUGUUGUGAAGGCGUUGGUUGCGUCGGUUCGGUUCGUCCGGUGAUGGGCAUAGAGUUCAUGGGAUCUGACGAUGCGCCUUCGAUGAGCGGAUCUCCCGCCAUCCUGCACUACUACCGCACACCCGGGCUGUCCGAGUACAAGCGGCAGGGCCUCCUGCAGGAGGUCAGAACAGACAUCGCAAGCGAUGUGGUGAGCCGCUGAGCCACUCACAGACAGCAGAUGGGUCGUGCAUUGCCCACACCACCACCUGCCCCUGCUUUUGUGUGUGUCUGCAUCACUCCGUAGGAGUCGCUGGACACCGAGGUGUGUUACAACGUGGAGGUGACUGCCCCCCUGACGGCCAAGGAGGAGGAUGCCCUCACGUACCUCCUUAGCGAGACCUUCGAGCAGCAGCAGUUCGGCAGCAAGUCGUUCCUGAGGGAGCUGCAUGCCUCGAGGGGCGGCAAGGGCGGCAUCCUAGAGGUGGGGCCGCGGAUGACCUUCUGCACUGCAUGGUCGUCCAAUGCAGUGGCCAUCUGCCACAGCUGCGGACUCACCAAGGUCUGUCUGCCAGAGGCGCACAGAGGAUGAGAGGGGAGGGGAUUGUUCCUCUCUCUCGUGUGUGUGUGUGUGCAGGUGACCCGCAUCGAGCGCAGCCGACGUUAUCUGUUCGCCUUUGGGAAGGCGAGCGACCCCACGACCAAUGUGCAAGGUCCGGUCCGCAGAGGCAUCCGAUCCAUCGAUUUGUGUACGGAUCUGUGUGUGUGGAUUGUGUUGUGUUGUGUUUCGCCGCAUGGGUCAUCAGACUUCCUGCAGGAGGUGGCGCCCAAGGUGCACGACCGCAUGACCGAGUGCGUCUACCCUUUCCCCAUCACCUCGUUCGAACUCAAAAUCAAAGUCAGCACACACACACACACACACACACAAUCUGACAGUAUUUGUGUAUCUGUUGUGUGCUGUGUCGUGUGCAGCCGGAGCAUUGGGUGUCUGUCGACGUGAUGGGCAAGGGCCGUGCCGCCCUCGAGGCCAUCAACAAGGAAAUGGGCCUCGGAUACGACGAACAGGUCACACACACACAAACACACACACACUCAGAGGCACCCACCCCAGACACCCGCUCGUUCAUUCGGCCAUGGCCCCCCACUGUGUUGUGUGUGCCUUGCAGGAUUUGGACUACUACACUCGUCUGUUUCGUGACGAGCUGAAGCGCAACCCCACGUCGAUCGAGUGCUUCGACCUGGCCCAGGGCAACAGUGAGCACAGCCGCCACUGGUUCUUCAACGGCAAGCUCGUCAUCGACGGCCAGGACAUGCCCGAGACGCUCUUCCAGCUCGUCAAGAAACCCUUCAAGAUAAACCCCAGAUUUAGGUGGGCUGAUCUCUGUCGUCCAUCGGUGUGUCUGUGUGACACUCGUUCAUUCAUUCAUUUCGUGGAUGGAUGCAGCACUGUCGCCUUUCGCGACAACUCGUCGGCGCUUCGCGGCUACGUCCACCAGAACGUGCACCCAUCGCCUGAUGUCGACGGCAAGGCCGCGCCCUACAAAGUAUGUCUGCCUGCCUGCCACAUACAAAGACAGGCAUCAUCAAUUCGCGCAUGCGCACGUGUGUCUGUCUGUGUGUGUGUGUGUGCCCAUCCAUCCAUGCAUCGGUGGAUCAGUCUGUGACGAAGGACUACGACCUGACCUUCACGGCAGAGACGCACAACUUCCCAUGCGGCGUGGCGCCCUUUCCCGGAGCUGAGACCGGCACUGGCGGGCGAUUGCGGGACGGGGCAGCCACAGGCCAGGGGUCACUCAUCAUCGCCGGCACGGCGGCAUACUGUGUGGGGGCACUGAGAAUCCCUGGGUGGGUGAGCGGGACAAAGAGGGAGGGAGGGGGGGUGAGGGGGGCAUGUGUGGAUGGAUCGACGUGUGUGUGGGUGAUUGGAGUGGUGCAGGUAUGACAUGGAGUGGGAGGACUCGGCCCGUGAGUGGAGCUACCCGUCAAACAUGGCGGACCCAUUCGAUAUUCUCAUCGAGGUCACACACACACACACACACACUCUCACUGAUGACGACUCGACUCACACGUGCGUGUCUCUGAAGCUGCUGUGUCUCUGCGUCUGCGUGUGUUGCGGUGGUGCAGGCGUCGAACGGUGCGUCCGACUACGGCAACAAGUUUGGCGAGCCCAUCAUCCAGGGCUACACACGCUCCUUCGGACUCAGACUGCCGGACGGAGAACGGUACUCACACACACGCACACACGUGCCCACACACACAACCCGCUCAUGUGUGUGUGUGUGUGUGCUGGUGCACUCAUGUGCCGUGUCGUACGACGCAGUCGUGAGUGGAUCAAGCCCAUCAUGUUCACGGGCGGCAUCGGGCAGAUGGACCACCGACACAUCAACAAGGGAGACGCCGAGAAGGACAUGAAGAUCGUCAAGAUCGGCGGACCCGCAUACAGAAUCGGUACACACGCACACACACCCAUACACAGGCACUCAUCGGUCCUCCUUGUGCGGUGUGUCCACAGGGAUGGGUGGCGGGGCGGCCUCAUCGAUGGUUGCCGGCGACAACCAGGCCGAUCUCGACUUCAAUGCCGUCCAGCGAGGAGACGCUGAAAUGGAAAACAGGGUACACAACACACACACAAACAGCACACAAGGAUAACCCCCAACCAGCGUGGUAAUACCUUCCUGCAUGGUGUGGUAUCAGGCCAAUCGUGUGAUCCGUGCGUGUGUGGAGCUGGGCGAGGCAAACCCCGUUGUCUCGAUCCACGACCAGGGCGCGGGCGGCAGCGGCAACGUCCUCAAAGAAAUCACCGAACCGGGCGGCGGGUUCAUCGGUCAGCGACAUUCCCUCCCUCCCUCCCUCCCUCCCCCUCUCCCACACACCCCUACACAAAGGGCACUUUCGCUCUCACUUCCAAUCAGACAUUCGGAAGAUGUUGUGUGGCGACAAGACCAUGUCGUUGCUGGAGCUGUGGGGGGCCGAGUACCAGGAGAACUACGCGCUUCUCAUCCGCCCCGAGUCGGUGGAGCUGUUCGACACCCUCUGCAAACGUGAGAAGGCCCCGUACAGCGUCGUUGGGCACAUCACUGGUACACUCACACUGACUGCCCCAAUCCUUUCUCCGUCCAUCUCAUCUCCAUCGCUCUAUUGUUCUCUGUGUGGGUGUGGGUGUGUGUAGGCGAUGGGAUCGUGCGUGUGUGGGAUGCCGAGGACGGCACAACACCAGUCGACCUGCCUCUGGAGAAGGUGCUGGGCAAGAUGCCACAGAAGGUCUUCAAGAGCGACAGAAAACAGUCCAUCAGCAGACCACUACAGGUCAGCACGACAGACAGGCAAUGAGAGGCAGGCGGGCUGUCAUGUGUGUACGUGGGUCGGUCGGUCGGUCGGUUGUGUGUUUGUUGUGUGCAGUUCCCGGCUGAUGUGACGGUCAUGAGUGCGCUUGACCGUGUGUUGCGGCUCAGCUCCGUGGGGUCGAAGCGGUUCCUCACCAACAAAGUCGACCGGUCCGUCACGGGCCUCAUCGCACAACAGCAGUGCGUCGGGCCGCUGCAGGUACCACCUCACACAAUCACAGACAUACACAUGGAUGGAUCCCUGCUGUGUGUCGGUAUCCGGCCGUCGACAGUUGACUCUCUCCGAUGUGGCAGUGGUUGCCCAGAGCCAUCUCGGCACGACAGGUGGCGCGACGGCCAUCGGCGAGCAGCCCAUCAAGGGCUUCCUCGACUGUGCCGCCAUGGGCCGGCUGGCAUGCGCUGAGGCGCUGACUAACCUCGUGUGGGCCAAGGUGACGGCUAUCGAGGACGUCAAGGCAUCGGGCAACUGGAUGUGGGCCGCAAAGGUCAGAUCAGAGAGAGGGGAGGGGAACGAUUUCUUUCAACGGCUGCACUGCAUCUGUGUGUGGUGGGUGUGUAUGGAAUGCAUGUGUGUGAGUAGAUGGAGGGCGAGGCGGCGAAUAUGUACGACGCUGCCAAGGCCCUCUCGGACUUCAUGAUUCAGAUCGGCAUGGCCAUCGAUGGAGGCAAAGACAGGUCAGCCAACCCCACACCAACCCACCCCCCAUACACACCCCCUGCUGCCUCCUUUCAGUCUGUCCAUGGCCGCGCGCGACCCCAUAGCGAAGGAGACGGUCAAGGCCCCCGGCGAGCUGACGAUAUCGGUGUAUGCGCCGUGCCCCGACGUCAACCUGACCGUCAUGCCCGACCUCAAGUGCGGCGGUGAUGGUGUGCUGCUGCUGAUCGACCUGGACCUGAGGGGCUGGUGUCUGGGCGGCAGCAGCCUCGCCCACUGCUACGGACAGAUCGGCGACCAAUGCCCUGACGUCGAUGUGAGUGGGGGAGGCCACAGACGGGAGAGGACAUGGGGGAGAGAGAGUGGUCUGCGGCUGUCUGCAGGCUGCAUCGCUGAAGAACGCCUUCAACGCGGUGCAGGAGCUGAUUAAGAAGCGGCUCAUCACCGCGGGCCACGACAGAUCUGACGGCGGGCUGAUCACCACAGGUGUGCACCCGCAACAGACAAGCACUCAACAUCGCACACACGUGACAGCCCUCCCUGUGGUGUGUCGUCGCAGUGCUGGAGAUGGCCUUCGGCGGCAACUGUGGCGUCACCAUCGCACUCGACAGCCUCCCGGCAUCGGUCGACUUCCUCCACGCCCUCUUCAGCGAGGGACCCGGGCUCGUCUUUGAGUGCGCCAAGGCCAACGAGGCGGCUGUGCGUGAGGUGCUGCAAUGGCACGGUAUGGGCGCGGCGAGUGUGCAUGCGAUUGGGGGAGGGAGAAACGACACCAAAGUCGAGGUAGGUUGAGAAAAAGAGAUGCGGGGGGUGCCUUGUCAUGGUGCGGUGUGAUGUGGUGUGAUGUGGUGUGUGCAGGUGUCCGUGGGUGGCAAGGUGCUGCUGUCCGAUGACGUGAGGCAGCUGCGGGACAUCUGGGAGGCCACCAGCUUCCAGUGCGAACUCAGACAGGUAGGUGAUAACCGACACACACCACACGAGAGCCUCUGUUCAUUCAUUCACCUGUGUUUCCUUAUCAUCUCUGCAGUGCAACCCCGAGUGUGUGGCUCAGGAGCGUGACGGCCUCAAGCACCGCACAGCCCCGCCCUUCAAGCUGACCUUCGACUUCCACCCCACCUCUGACGCCAAGCUCACUCAGGCCGACAAGAUCAAGGUCGCCAUCAUCCGGGAGGAAGGCAGCAACGGCGACAGAGAGGUAGGAACCACAGACACACAAGUGUCCGCCCGCCCCACAGACAGACACACGCACACACACGUGUGCCUGUUUGUCUGUGUGUCUGUGUGUCUGGUAGAUGGCGACGGCCUUCCACAUGGCAGGCUUCGAGGCGUGGGACGUGACCAUGACCGACAUCAGCAGCGGGCGCGUCAACCUGCAGGACUUCAGGGGCGUCGUCUUUGUGGGCGGCUUCAGCUACGCCGACGUGCUCGACAGCGCCAAGGGGUGGGCGGCCACCAUCCUGCUCAGCGACAAGCUCAACGGGGAGUUCGAGGCCUUCUACAAGAGGAACGACACCUUCUCUUUGGGCGUCUGCAACGGUAGGUACUCCAGCCAUCAGGCUGGCUGGCUGGCUGGCUGGCUGGCAAGUAGUCGGUCGGUCAGUUCUGCCACCUGUUUGUUUGUGCGUGUGUGUGGCUUCAGGGUGCCAGCUGAUGGCCCUCUUGGGGUGGGUGCCCGGACUUGAGAAGAACAUCCCACGCGACAAGCAGCCAAGGUGGGCGGCGAUCGCGAUCGCUCUACUCACACGUGACCUGUUGUUCCCUCUCUGUCUGUCUGUCAGGUUCAUUCACAACGCCAGCGGCCGCUUCGAGUCGCGAUGGUCGGCCGUGCGCGUGGAGUCGAGCACAUCCAUCAUGCUGCAAGGUAUGAAGCACACACGCCCAUCUAUCCACCCACACCUCCGCGGCUCCCUGUUUGACUGACGUCAUGUCAUGUGCGUGUCUACUAGGCAUGGAGGGCUCUACUCUCGGCAUCUGGGUGGCCCACGGUGAGGGCCAGGCCUAUUUCCCCGACCCUAGUGUGCUCACACAGUGCCAGCGGGACCGAGCCAUCCCCCUCACAUACGUCGACGACCAGAACCAGCCCACCGAGGCGUACCCCUUCAACCCCAAUGGCUCACCGCAAGGCAUCGUCGGCCUCUGCAGCCCUGACGGCCGCCACCUGGCUCUCAUGCCGCACCCGGAGCGGUGCAUCCUCACCUACCAGUGGCCGUACGCGCCGCAAGGGUGGACCAAACAGCACAGGGAGGGGGAGCUGUGGGGCCGGCACGUGGCACCCUGGAUCAAGAUGUUCCAGAAUGCACGACAGUGGUGCGAGAGAAAUGCCUAGUGAGUGGCUGGGUCUGUCGGUGGCUAGCGAGGUGGAUGCGUCAGUCGGGCGGCUGCCUGACUGUCUCGUGUGUGCGUGAUGACUGGCUUGUCUUUUUCCCUCUGUCACUCACUCUUCUGUCUGUGUGGUGUGAAUCAUAUCAUGCUGGCCGAUCGACCAAUGUGGUCAUUUUUUGAAUGUCGUCCGUCGUGUGGCGUGAUCGAUCGUGUCCGUCGGUCCGUCCCGAGAGAGUGCGUGGCGAUCGAGUAAGGCCCUCUGGAUCUCGCGAGCAGUGGCGGGAUCCAUAGGACAGUUUUCGUGUUUGUUUAUGUGUGUGUGACAGUCAGUCAGCUAUGUCUCUGUCUGUGUGCAGCGACCGAUCGCCCACUGAAUACGUAGACGUACACACAAUCGCAAUCAAUCGGCAUUUCCCGCG